AUGCUUGUUUCCUCAACAUGUUGCAAAAGUGGGACUUCCAAAUGGUUAAAAUAUUGUUCUACAAAUUUCCAUUUACCAAAGGGACAUGAAUGUUCAUGUUCAUGUGAAUGUUCAUCCCUGAUGAACUUGUGCAUCCACAAAGUCACCGAGGAGAUACAUAAAUAUAACACAUUUUCUGUACUCCCAAGGGACCUGAGUCAGAAAAUUUUUAACACACUGGUUUACUCACGUCGUCUCACACUUGCUUCUCUCCAAGCUUUUCGAGAUUGUGCUCUCCAGGAUCUUUACUUGGGAGAAUAUGCUGGCGUUCCUGUCAAUGAUGCUUGGAUGGAUGUCAUCUCAUCACAGGGCUUAUCUUUGCUUCAUGUGGAUCUUUCUGGCUCUGAUGUCACUGAUCAUGGCCUUACCUAUCUCAGACAUUGCAAAAAUAUCAUUUCUUUAAAUCUUAAUUACUGUCCCCAAAUUUCGGAUCAAGGACUGGAGUAUAUUAGUGGUCUCUCGAACUUGGGAUGUUUGAGUUUUAGAAGAAACGAUGCAAUUUCUGCUCAAGGAUUGAGUAUCUUUUCUGGUCUUGUUAACUUGGUCAAGUUGGAUUUGGAGAGAUGUCCUAGGAUUCAUGGAGGCCUUGUUCAUCUUCAAGGUUUAACCAGGUUAGAAUCUCUCAAUAUGAAGUGGUGUAAUUGCAUAAUAGAUGAUGAUAUGAAGCCUAUAUCAGAGCUUACAAAGUUGAAAAGCCUAGAGAUUUCCAGCAGUAAAGUCACAGAUUUUGGCAUCAGUUUUCUAAAAGGAUUAAAAAAGCUUGCUUUAUUAAAUUUGGAAGGGUGCCUUGUAACAGCUGCAUGCUUGGAUUCUCUUGCAGAGCUUCCUGCCCUGUCAAACUUGAAUCUUAGUAGAUGUAAUCUUUCUGACAAUGGAUGUGAAAAGUUUUCACGACUGGAAAAUUUGAAUGUAUUAAACUUGGGAUUUAAUGGCAUAACAGACGCAUGUUUAGCACACUUGAAAGAAUUGAAAAAUUUGAAGAGCUUGAACCUGGAUUCAUGUAGGAUUGAAGAUGAAGGAUUGGUCCACCUGGCAGGCCAUCAACAAUUGAAUUGCUUGGAACUUUCUGAUACGGAAGUUGGAAGCAAUGGACUACACCAUUUAUCAGGAUUGUCUAGUCUGGAGAAAAUAAACCUGUCAUUCACUAUGGUUAAUGAUGCUGGUUUAAGAAAAUUGUGUGGACUCUCAUCUCUCAAGUCUCUAAAUUUGGAUGCUCGCCUAGUUACUGAUACUGGACUGGCAACCCUAUCAGGUUUGACUGGGCUUACUGACCUGGAUUUGUUUGGUGCUCGAAUCACAGAUUUUGGAACAAACUAUCUGAAAAACUUUAAGAACCUGAGGUGGCUGGAAAUAUGUGGCGGAGAAUUGACUGAUGAUGGUGUGAAAAAUAUCAAAGAGCUUUCAUCUCUGAUGCGCUUAAACUUAUCGCAAAACUGCAACCUUACAGACACUACCUUGGAGUUAAUUUCUGGGCUUACUGAUUUGAUUUCUUUGAAUGUAUCAAAUUCUGGUAUCACCAAUGCUGGGCUGCAUCAUUUGAAAACACUAAAGAACUUGAGGUCUCUGUCAUUGGAGUCCUGUAAGGUGACAGCUAAUGGCAUUAAGAAUCUUCAAUCAACAGAACUCCCGAAUCUGGUUAGCUUUAGGCCCGAGUAG